AUGGAAAAAUAUCCAUUAACUGAUAAUCAUCACAUAGAAAAGUCUCGAGAAGAAUUAAUUCGUGUCGAAAAUCUAUUCAAAUCGGCUUCAUCAUCUCGUUUAUUUGAAUUCGAAUGUCUUUUAGCUAAAUUAUAUCACGCGCAAUCCAAAUUAUUAUUUAUUCCUCGUGAUGUUGAUGAAGAAAUCUUAUUAUUAUUAUUAUUAUUUUGUGAAACAUCAACAUUAAAUGAAACUGUACUUGAUUGA